ACCGUUGUUUUCACGAGACAUUAUCACUCCUGCUGCAACCAAAAAGCCCGUCUUUUACGCUUUUUCUCGUCUAUCGUUAUCCUUCAAAUGCUAGAUUACCACAAUCUAAUUAUAUAUUUGUCUGCUGUAUCGAUUAAUACGUAGAUUCCAUUCGCGAGAUUUUCUUUCGGGUAAAUUGAUAAAUGAUUGUUAAUUAAUCUAGUGGAGCGAGAGUUUUGGAAAUGGCUUCGAGUUUUAACCGGUGGGAGAAGGAUCCAUUUUUUUCUGCGGCCGAGGAAGUUCAGGAAUCGGCUGACAGGAUGGAGUCGAUGUUUAGAACAUGGAUUCACGCAAAUAAAGUUGCUUCUAGCGGGUGGGAUUCUAAGGAACUCCGUAGGGACUUAUGUACUUCCCUCGGUACAACAAAAUGGCAGUUAGAGGAGUUUGCAAGGGCUGUCAAAUCAAAUUAUAUCAAAAGCUCGAUUGAUGAUGCAAGAGAUAGGCAUAAACAAUUCAUUAUUGCAAUUGAGGACCAAAUUUUAAAAAUUGAGAUGUCGUUAGAGGAUUCAGCUCGUACAGAGGGCAAGGCAUCCCUGCCGUGGGUGUGCCUGGAUGAAGGUGAGUGUAAUGAACUUGCGUUGUUUUUGUCGGGGCCAUCCAUGUCUGAUGACAAAGCUCUUGUCAAAGGCCAAGCGAAGGAAAAUGAAGUACCACUAGUUACAGUUAAAGAGCCAACACUUGAUUAUUUAACAAAUUCUAGUCAAUCUGUUCAGUGGGAUUCCUUGGAGGCUAUGGAUGAGAAGCCAUAUGGGCAUAGGAGAACAGCCAGUGCUUGUGCUGACGUUGGUACUUGGAAUAUAGCAAUUAGUGAUGAUGGUUGCCAACAAAAUUCUUCCAAAGAGAAGCCCACUUUGCCCCCACGAAAGAUACCUAGUGUUUCUGGGUUCCUUAAUUCCAUGGAAUCUGUGGCCAAGUUGAAGUUGUCAAAGAAUGGAAUUAGGAAGUGGAAAUCAGUAGAUCGUUUCCAGGAAGCUGAUACUGCAUUAUUGAAAGCUUCUCAGUUGACUAGAGGUAUAAAUGCAUGUUAUGAAAAGAGCAAGAGUUGCCUAGACAGUUGUGACGAUUGCUAUGAUAAGCAACUUUAUGGCUGGUAUGGAUCUAUUCACAGACUGCUUCAGAGGUCUCAAUACCAAAUGCAAUAUUGUCGGCCUGUUCAAGUGGCAUUGUGGAUUGUUCUUCUCCUUUGCUUGAUUGGCCUCUGGUGGUUAAUCUGAUUUCUUGUCUGUAAAGUAGUUAUAUUUGCGAUCUGUUUUUGAAAAGGAAAGGUAGAAUCUUCAUCUGGCAUUCUAUAUUUGAAGCAGUGUGUGGGUGUGUGAAGAAUACCGGUGCACAUUGAUACUAGCCGGAUAUUGAGGGGUAGGUAUUUUCUUCGAAAAGAGUCACCAAUGACCAAACCCAAACACUAACACCCUUGAAACACUUCCUCAUCCCCAUCAUAUUUUUUUUUCUUUAAAUCACCAAAUGAUUUCUUUUUCUUCCAAGUCUGAUUUUCUGUUGCAUUGUUCUAACAGCCGGGAUAAUGGCUGAGAAUGUGGAACCACAGUUUUAGUCAAAGAUCUGUAACUUCGUUCUUUGUUCCUGUAAUAUAAUCUGAGCUGUUUCUUUUUU